UAUUCGUAUAAAGAUAUAAGCAAAUCUCGUCCUGGUAAUCGACCAAGUAGGAGUAGGACCUAUGAGGACACGUAUUGCUUUUUAGUGACAAAUGCAUGGACGUAACCAUUACACAGUCGAGGAAAUAAUCACAUUAUAAAAUAUUACACUGGUAUUUCCUUUUAUAUUUUGUGGUUUAUUUUAAUGAACAACAAUAUUACUGAUAUUACUGAUAUGAAUUCAAGUUAUUUUGCGUCAUUUUAAUACUGAGUAACGCAAUUUAUUUUCCUAACAGUAAAUAGUGGUUAUUAAAUUCAGGAGUGAAUAUAACGAGCUGUAAGCUUUAUCCUGCUCAAUCGACAUUUUACAUUGUCCUGUGUCAUUAGUCGUUAAUAAAAUACAUUUAAGUAAAAUAGUACAAGUAAAUAAUUACUUUAUCUGUGCACAGUGGACGAAAACAAUGGCCCUCAAAAUCUUGCUGAAUGUAGCCAUCUCCAUAUGUAUUCUGGGAUCGGUCACCGCUCAGAUCCUCAACGGAGUUAAAGCAUCAAACCCUACCACCCCUAUUGUGGAGGGAUCGACAUUACCUUCAUCAUCUAGUGCCUCGACUAUCGAUGAGGGGUCAAAAUCAACUAUAACAUCUAGUGAGACGACUGGGGAGGGAUUAUACUCGACUAUCGACGACUCGACAUCUAGUACUUUGGGGGGAUCAGACUUCACUACAAUGUCUAGUCUCCUAACAAGUGAUGACGGAUCAAAGUCUACCACGCCAUCUAGUGCCGCGACAACUGCUACAAACGCAAUUAUAACUUCAGCCGGGUACAUCCCGAUAAUAAAACCAAAUGUCACGCCUACUACGGAAGGAUCAAGCUCGACCACAAAAGCGGUAACAAUGCAGGGACCAAAACCCGACUACAAAACCCGAUAUAGUGAUUACUACAAAGGGAUCAAACCCGACCACAAUACCCGACAUCGUUACGAAGGUAUCAAUCCCAACUACAAAACCCGAUAUAGUGACUACAACGACGGGAUCAAAAACAAAUGCAAAACCCAGUAUCGUGAUCGUGAACACCAUGAAGGGAUCAACUAUAAAACCAAAUACCGUCGUCACCGCCUCUGCCACUACCAGUCCAGCUAAACCUAUGCCAGUGUGGGUGGCAUUCGCAAUCAUAGGGGUUAUUUUAGGAUUAGCUGCAAUUGUUUUGAUAAUAGCAUAUAGAAAACCCAUUUUUCGGAGCCAUUCUUUUGUCAGAGUAAGAGCAUUUUGCUCGCGAAUCAGAGGACCACGAUUUGGGGAGGAAAGUUACAAUUUGAGUCACCCUCAAAAUCUGACUCAGGAUCAAAAUCAAAACCCAACUCAGGAUCAAAAUCAAAACCCAACUCAGGAUCAAAAUGAGGAUCAAAAACAGAAUCAAAUUUCUAAUGUAUAGAUUGUUCUCCCCUUUUUUAUACGCAAUGAGUUGUAUUCUAGACAACUUUUGUGAACAUUUUGAUGCAAGUGCGCUGUUAUUUUUCACGGAUAAUCGGUACUGAUAAUGAAAAGUGACAUCACUAACCAACAUGGCGUAAGCAACAUGGCGUACUUAAAAUAUGGAAACCUGUGUAAAUCGUGUGUAAUGGUAAAAUGUUUAAUUGUGACGUUCCGCGGUAAAAUUACCCUAUGGCGGUGUGCGCUUACGCUGUUAUUAACGACGCUUCAAUACUAAUGCGGUGCUACGCGUCGUAAGCACCGACCGCCAUAAGGUACCUUUACCCGUCGAACGACACAAUUUAUGUCAAUUUUUUAAUUAUUGUAUUAAAACAUAAGAAACCUAAUGGUAUUUUAAUAAUUUUAAUAUGUUUCACAUACACAAACUGCGCAGGUAGAGAUUGUGUAGUAGUGUGUCACAAGGGAGUAUUAAUGACAUAUGUACUUAUAUUUAUACGAAGCGAAGAAUUAUUAUUAUUGAAUCCAUAGUCUUUAGUCUUAUUCAAAAAUAGAAACCUGAGCGUAGUGAGGAAUUCAAUUCAAGUGUUAAAGCCCACGGUAGAAAUAAUAUUAUUUACGCUAAACAAAAAGUAUUAAAUAUGUUACAACGGGUCACUCACGUAUUUUAAGUCGAAAACGCUCGACAUGUUUCACUACGUUCCGCAGUCUGCGUCCGGUCCGUCAACGCAAGCUCCUGACGACACUCCUCAGGACGGAGUGAAACAUGUCGAGCGUUAUCGACUUAAAAUACGUGAGUGACCCGUUGUAACAUAUUUAAUAUGUACGUGUCUCACGAAAGUUUUGUUAUUAAAAUUACUAAAAAAAAAGUUUAAAAAAAAAGUGUCCUAGAACAGAAAGUUCCACUUCGAUCCCUCCUAGUAGGGAAGAAAAAGCUCUUUUCCGAAUAGGUGAAGGGAAAAAGCAAUUUAUGGGUGUACAGUACAGGUACAGAGAUAACUGACCCCCCUGCAUAGAGAUGUGUUUGCAGGGGUCAACUACCUCUGAAACUAUACAUCAAGUUGUACAUUAUUAUACGCUUACUGUGAAAAUACAUAAAGUUCAAAGUUCAAAGUUAUUUAUUGUAUAUAAGAAUCAGGUUACAUUGCAGGUCGAAUAUACAAUUACACAUUCCGUUACACUGAGACUUUACCUUUUCAGGUGUACAUACAUUUGCAUCAUAUAUAGGUAUUUACAUAUUUAUCUAAAGAAUAUCAAUACUUAUGAGUCACUUAAAUAAUCAUUAACACAAUAAAAACAUUUUUCUAUAAGCCACAUUUUUGUGUUUGACUUGAACAGUUUGAGAUCCAUAUCCUUAAAACGAUCAGGUAACUUGUUAUAAAUUGUGAUACACAUAAUAUAGGCAUUUUUUGCAGUGAGUGACAAGUUUACAUAUGGCUUAGGUAAUCUGUGUCUGUAUUUAGGUUUGGUUACGCGGCAAUCCAAUGGGUUAUUAUCCGUGAAUAGGUAUUUAUAUUUGUGAACGAAAACAGAAACUUCAUAAAUAUAGAGACUGGGAAAAGUAAGAAUGCUAUGUUUUAUAAAAUAUGGACGGCAUGAAUCUCUAGGAUGAACUGAAAAUAUGGCUCGAAUGCAGCGCUUUUGGACAAUGAAUACGUUAUGUUUAUCAGUGCAGUAUCCCCAGAUUGUUAUGCCAUGUAC